GCAUACGAAGAAGAGAACCAUUUCCGAGUGGAAUCGCCAUCACUCGCUGGAAAGAAAAAAAAUAGCUAAACGUUGUCAACCUGCCGUCACGUUUAGGUGUUACGCUCAAAGAGCAUCUGUGAGACUGUGGUGGAUUGAAGUGUUCCCUCCAAGCCCGCCGCUCACUCCCCCGUCAAAAUGAAGAGAAAGGGCUCGGAGAAAAAACGCCAUGUGGUAGCGUGGAUCAACAAAGCCGAGUGGGAUCAAGUCCGGGAAUAUCUUUACUCCAAGGAUUGCGCCUUGCAGAGGAAUGGUCUUCAUCGGAUAUCGGCGUGGAAAGCAAGGUAUGCCAACAGUACUCCUGUGGCAAUGGACUGCACCGCGGACCUGGUGAGGUGUCAGGUGCUGGACCGCUCCGAAAAGCUGGACUCUCAUGACCUGGUUUUGCUUUAUGGGGCUGCCCUGGUGAGGUUUACGAACUUGAUCACCGAACGCCAACAAGGAAAAAUUGCCCGCCCAUUAAGGAGACUGGCCGGGAAUUUGAACAUCCCAGAAUGGAUUAUCAAUCUAAGGCAUGACGUCACUCAUCGGAAACUCCCUGCUUUGAAAUGGUGCCGAAAGGGAUGCGAGGUGAUUCUGGAGUGGCUCCAGCAGGAGUAUUGGUCCAGACAGUUGGGAGGAGGCCCCAGUGCGGACUGGGAGGCACAGUAUGGGCAAGAGUUGGACCUGAAGCAGCAAGAAGAUGAGCUCAUUGCACGGCAAAAAGAAAAGGAAGCUUACAAGAAUGCAAGGGACCUUCUGAUUUCUUUUGAAAAGGAGCGAUAUGAUGCUUAUGGGGGCCUCCAUGAAGGGAAAGACAAAAACACAUGGCCUGACCCUUUGGCUGAUAUGAGCUGGAUACUCGCUGAGAUAAAACAUUUUUCUGAGGAGUUUGAUGAGUUGCUCAUUGACGUCCUCUUAGAAGAUGGUUUCCUAAUUCCUACAUCUGAACAACUGUCAUCGUUAGGCUGUGACACUUCUGAUAAUGAUUGGUUUUGUCCCACUGAGCCCAAACUCCCUCCAGCUUUCCUGCAUUUUUGGCUUCCCCUCCUGAAAACACUAAACUCGCUGUGCUUCAUUCAUCUCUUCCUGGAGAAACUGUUUGCUGAACUCAAGCUUCUCUCCAGUGAGCAGAGCAAGCACAGGAAGUACUACAUUUCUGGGUGGAUCUCGGAAGUAAUGCGCUGUAAUAGUAAAAAAAGUGACUAUCACUUCGAAACAAAGGCACAGAAGAAAGCCAGGAUGAAGGACAAGAUUUUUCUCCACCGCAUCCAGCUGAGAUGGCAGAAGCUGCUGUCCGCCUGCCUGGAUGCUCCCUGUGCCAGCACGCCUCACCUGCUCUACUUAGUCUUGGAGGACAUGGACCAUCCUCUUCCAAUGGAAACCCAGCAGAGGCUGCUGCAGCUCUGCUCCAUCUACACUCGGACAGAACAUUCUGAACCGGACAUAGAACAGGAACAGUGGCCUAUUUACACACUGGAGAGUUUGCAUGACAAGUUGCAGCGUUCAAGGUGCCACGGCCACCCAUCGCAGUCGGACCCGCAGAAGAAGCGAACAGGAGAGGAGAACAAAUGGUCAAAUGCAGAGGUGGAAAAAGCAGAGUUGCUUCAAGGUUCCUCAUGGCAAGUGUGCAUUGAUGAAGUUUUAUGGAAGAAUUACCCUCUCGGAAAAGUCCCCGGCCAGUCAGAUGUGCCCUCAUGCCUGAUGGUGGACAAUUACUCAACUAUGAGCGUGUUUGACCAGCCAGUGGAGUUGGAGAGCAGCACACCACAGAGUGUCUCUGGACCUUCUGCUUCCACAAGAACAGCUGAUGGUCUUCUUUGGAGCCACAGUGACCUCAGCAAGCUCAAAACUGGACUACAACUUUUUUGAGUCUCAUUAAAAUGCUGUAAACUAUACGAGCUUGUUGUUAAAAGCACAUUAUCUAGUGGAUUACACAUGAUCAGUAUUCUUGCUUGCUUAAUAUGAUAAACAUUUACAACAAUUGAUCAUAGUCCUUUAUUUACAGAUUAAUAAUUAAGUAUUAAAUGUCAGAAAAUAAUACAUUUUCAAAUGUGUGAUCUCAGACCAAUAGUCCCGAAACUUGAAAAAGAUGUUCUCAUGACAAAGCUCUAAGAACUAGGCUUUACACCAUCAGGAUUUUUGGGGCCGAUCAGCGAGUUUAAAAAAACGAUCACCGAUCCGAUCGUAAGAUGGAGCAAUGUGUCUUAUUUAAAUGACCUGUUCAUUUACUGUAUAUAUUUGUGUACUUUAGUUGCUCCAAAAAAUUAUAUUUACAAUACAUAAUGUAUCUUUGUUCAUAUUUAUGCCAGUGAGGCAUAGUGACAGAACAAAUGAAUGGUCUUCUAUUAGAUGGCAGGAAGUACAUAUAGUAAUUAAUGUAUCCACUUUUUGUGACAUUUUUGUUUGUUGGUGUGCUGUGAGAUUUUUCAAUUGUAAAAUAUGUUCCUUGGCUCCAUAAGGUUGGAAAUCACUGCUCUAGUCAGAUCGUGUAUUCUAAUCAGCCAGGUCAAACCAACAUUACACCAUGACAGAAAUAAUGGGUGCCAACUUAUUGUAAUUAAAUUACUGUAUUGUAAUCAAAUUACUGAACCCACACCGAAACUUUACAGCAUGAUUCGACAGAACGGCGGCAGGUUUAUGUACAACCGUUAGUGCUAGCACGAGCUUGCUAGGCUACAUAACGUUUUUGUUGCCUGCUUGCGAGACGUGUAGUAUUAAAAGUAUGUGAACAUACCUGAAGUAAGUCUUAAAUGAAAGUCCUCUCCUGAGCACCUGCGACCACCAACACGUUUUCCCCCAUUUAGUUCUUAUAAUACGCACAACGCGAUCGAUUGUUGUUGUCGUGGCCGUGGUAACGAGUGUAUCCGGUCACAUUUGAGUUGACAAGAUAAAGCCCAAUGAUCGUAAAAAAUGGGAUGCAGUGGUAUCGGAAUACAAGAUUUUAUUGCAGUAGUCUGACAGUGCAAUCGUGAAAUAGCAGAUUUGUCUUUUAGUCUGAUCCGCAUUACGUGUUGUCUGUCCCACACCGCAGACAUGUUUUUUUAUUUAUUUUUUAAGAACUUUAUUGCCCGUCAGAUAUUUACAGUACUAUGUCAAAAGACACGCGAGAAGGCUAAAAAUAAACUAGCUUUUGGAUUCAAAUAUACUGUGCACGAAGGCGACGCGGAGUCAAUGUCUUUUGAUCGGAUCAUGGAAUUAUGACAAAGACGAUCAGCAUAAAAUGCUAAUUAUCGGCCGAUACCAAUCAGGCCGAUAAAAUCGGUGUAAAGUCUACUGAGAACAUUAAAGAAUUUUGCUCGAGAGACGCAACAGACACUUUCUAUGUACUUUCUUUUUUACAACCAUUGCCAAGUAAGGAAAUGGCAUUUUCCUUCUCCACUUUUCAUAAUAAGCUCCUUUCACCAUACCAAUGUUACUAUGCUGUGUGUAAAAAAAAAAAAAAAAAAUCUGUCCU